UGCAGAACAUCUGCCCCGCGGACUGACGCGCCUCUGGCUCGGGCUCGGUUUCAAGCUUGCGUCCAAAGUGUCGCCUGACUCUCUCUUUUUUUCUUUUUUUUUCUCCCUUCCCCUUCUUACCUGUUUUCUCUCGUAGUGAAUGAGGGCUAAUCCGUUUCAAAAGCCACAUCUUAUCUCUGGCGGGCCUGUAAACGGUCCCCAGGUUUUACCGCAGCUGAAAACAUCUUACAAAUCUUAACUGAACUUGCAUUUUUAACUUUAUUUAUAGCUUCCUUUUCAUUUUCAAAAAGUGACCAUAGUUUAGCUGUUCUCUCCUUCAGUUGCCAUGCUCACAGUGGAAAAGUGUGGUUUGUUUUUUUUUUUUUUUCCCUGCUGAGGAACAUUUAAUUACAAACUAAUAGUUUGUGAAAACGCAAAAUAGCUUCGGCAGUUGGUAAACACUGGUGUAAGGAAAAGAAAAUGGUCUGUUUGUAUGCUGGUAAGGCAAAAUGCAAAAGCUUGUGAACUGAACACUUAAGGAACACUUAAAAUGAAGCUUUCCAUUAUUUUUGGCUCUACUUGAGGACAAUAAACAGGAGUUACUGAUAACAUUUUUUGCAGUAUCACAUGCCAGCUACCCCGUUUAAUAUCUCAUUAAUGAUCAAUCUGGUGUUCAGUUUAGGAAUACUGGGCAGUAAAUAGUAAGAUCUACCUAAACUGCUUUGCCAAGUUCCCCCUUAAUUUCAGUAGUGGAAUUACAGAUAAAUUUUUGUGAGUACUGCUAUUUUGUUUUGCUUAUAAUUUUGUAAGGAUUUAUAUUCAGCAGACCUUUAUUCUGAUAUGUAGCUUUUUUUUUCCUAAUAAUCACUCAGCUCUCUUUAAACACAAAACAUCCAGCUUUUUUCCCUUUGCUAAUCUGUGUUUGUGGUAACUUUUCAAUUUAGGUUUUGCAGGAAGUGCUUCUUGACAGCUAUCAGAGAAAGUGGAACACAUUGUCCUCUCUGCCGGGGGAGUGUGACUAAAAAGGAAAGAUCAUAUCCCAAAAGGGCUCUAGAUGUUGAAAACAAUAUGAAGAAAGCUUCUGGGGGCUGUAGAUGCUGUGAAAAGCAGGUUAGAUUUUCAUGGAUGAGACAGCAUUAUAAAACGUGUAAGAAGUAUCAGGAUGAAUAUGGUGUUUCUUCUAUUAUACCAAACUUACAGAUUUCCCAAGAUUCAACAGGGAACAGUAGCAGGAGUGAUACAAUAUCUGAUAACGGAGAGAGGGCUAAUAAUCAGACACUUCAAGGAGAUACAAGUGGACAUCCAACCUUCAAAUGCCCCCUGUGUCAGGAAACCAAUUUUACUAGACAGCGCUUGCUGGACCACUGUAAUAAUAGACAUCUUUAUCAGAUAGUUCCUGUAAUCUGUCCUAUUUGUGUAUCUCUUCCUUGGGCAGAUUCUACCCAGGUUACUAGAAAUCUUGUUAGCCAUCUAAAUCUAAGACACCAGUUUGACUACGGAGAAUUUGUGAAUCUUCAGCUUGAUGAAGAAGCCCAGUACCAAAAUGCAGUUCAAGAAUCCUGUCAUGUGAACUUUUAAAGUAUAGAUCCCCUUCAACUUACUGAUUAUCUGAGGGGAAAAACUACAUGAAUUCUGUUCAUAAUAUGAAAUGUAUAUUAAUAAAAAUGGAAUUCAGUAAGUAGUUUUCAGGUUUAAUUUUUCCACACUAAUAAGGAAUUUUCACAAACAAUUUUGCUGAAACUCGAUACUGAUAUUUUUACUGAGAUCUGUCCCUGUGGAAUUAGGGAUCUUUUUGGAACUUACCACUUUUUUGUCUUGAUUGUCUUUAACUUUUACUACUCUGUUAAUUAUAUAAUUUCUUUUUAUUAAUGACAGAUGUUUUAAUUCACCAAUGUCAACUUUGAAAAUAAUAUCUUUAGAAGAGGAUACAAAGAUACUCUGUUGCACUAUUUCUUUUUUUUUUUUUAAGUUCAGUUUCCAUCUGCUAAGAUAGCUAUGAGAUGGUGAUUUUUUUUUUUUCCCCUCCUCCCACCGGAUGACAAAGGUUUGUUCUGAUACCGUGAUUUGUUUUUUACUGUGACUAUGUAAAUGAAAAUAAAUGGGGCCAACUUAUAAAGUCAAAAUAUUUGUUUUCUAUAGGUCAGUAGUGCAGAGUAGGUUUCUUCCACAUGUCUUUAAGAAAGAAUGAUGCUAUAGCCUAUGAAUAAUUGCAUCUAUUUCUUUCUCCUUUUGGAGCUUAACUGAAGUAGGACAGUUGCGUGCUGAACGGGUGGAUGAGAAAUUUUCCCUGUGCUCCCAACUAAUAAGGAAGAGAAUUGUCCUGACACAGUCCUUUCUGAACAAGUCAAGGUGACGUGCAAAUAUAGAAAAGAUGCGCUUUUUUUUGGUAUGUGAAUGUAGUCAGCUAGUUUAUCAUUUUAUUGGAGCUUUCUUAAGAAAUCCUGUUGCAUAAGGAAUUCAAGUCUUGGUUUUUUCCAUUUUUCAUGGAAGACUGUAACUAGAAAACUAGUUGGUUUAAGACCUACCAACACUCAGACAUGGACUUGUUUGUUUUGGUAAGACUGUUUAAAACUUGGACAUCUACUGCAUCCAACGGCCUGGAAAAAGAGUUGAGAAGAAAAACUGGCCUUAGGAUAGUUAUCUGCAUGUUUUGAGUUCCUAUUCUAGAUUUCCGCAUUCUCAGCAAGACCCUGAGUAGAAUCAGAAAAAAUAUACCAUUUAAUCAAUUUUUAAUUUAAAAUGAAAAAUCCAUUUUAAAAGAGUCUUUGUUCCUUUCUCUAAUACUAAUGGGGAGAAGGGGAAAGAAAGCUGCACAGAUUGCUUUUCAGUGAGUCUUUUUUCUGUAUGUAUGUGUGUCUGUGUGCAGGUGUGUACCUUUUCAGAUUGGCUUUCAUGGGGCCUGAAAGUUUUCCACCCAUGGUAAAAGUAGAUGGUUCCAAGGUAGAUGGGUCCUUGCUUCUGGUGCAGAAGUGCAAUCUGCUUUUUGCGGCCUGGCUCCUUUUUGCUCUCCAAACAGAAGUUUGGAUUAUUCUUUAAAUAUUAGAGUAUUUCAUAUUCCAAAACUGGCAAGGUUGAACACAUCAUCCUGCAUUAUAAUGGGUUUCAGAACUGAAUCUUGGUUAUAAUAUGUGGUGAAUGUUGGAACUAAAACACUGUACACUGUAAUAUGAAAUUUCUGUCCUCUAUUUUUAAAAGUUAAAGAGAGAAAGUCAGUUUUUCAGAGAUGUCUUGAGUUGUUAUGAAAAGGAUACAACUUUAACAUGCACAAUAUUUUGUUAUUGCCUAAGAUAAUAUAUUUUGGCAGCUGGCCACCCUUUGAUUUUGUUGCACUCCUCCUUCCCUGUUUGCCCCCCAUAUUCUGGUCUGUGUCUUCUCACACGUUUGUCAGCUCUAGUUCUUGUGUGACCGCAUACUGAUCUGGAGUGGUUCAUUGAUCCGUGACAGCUGAAAAGUUUGUCUGAAUUCCUUAUUUUCUCUUUUCCCCUAUAAAGCCAACUAUGAAAUAGUGCCCUUAGACAGAAAGGAAUUUCAAGGUAACCUGAUGGUCAAGUUUUAACUUUUUAAAAUAAAAACACAUACCAUGGUAAUCUUAUUACUGUAUACAUUUCCUAAGGAAUUUAAUAGUUGUAUGUAAGUUUAGUUAACUUUUUUAGAUUCAAUAAAAUAUUUAUAUGAUGUGGCAAUAAAUGCCUACAGCCAAUACAGAUUUUGAACACCUGAUUGACACUGGAAGUAGUUAUUUCUGUUACUUGAACAUAUCUUGAGAAUUGCAGAUGAAAUUACACCUGUUUUAAAACUCUGGGAAACAAAUUUUUCUAUAGCAAUAAUUAAUUGUCAUUUGAUGCAUAGUUGCUGAAAUAGCAUUUUAGUUGUGUUUAGAUGUUGAGAGACUUGAAUGCACAUUUUAAAGAAACAAAUGUGUAUAAAUGCAAUAGAAAAAACCAAAACUUGGUAUCUGAAAAAUGUUUAUCCUUUUUAUUUGCAUAUAUAAUUUGCAUCCAAUCUGUAUUGGCCGGCACUGCCUUGCUUAAUAUUUUAUACUUCUAGUAUGAAGCAAUUGCAUCCAGUACAUUCACUAGGUAAGAGUUUAAUGAAAAUGAAACAAUCUGAUUAAAUAUGCUGCUGCUGUUCAUGAUCUGUCUCACUGAAGCUCAAAUGUGCACAAAAGGCUGUGUAUUUGUGAUUGGGUGAUGCUUGUACUCGAAACAUGCAACUUUUACUGGAAGUUUGCUGUUGAACGAUGUUUUCAUGUUUCAUUGUGUAUGGUUUCAGUAUGGUAUAUUAUGUUUGAAUUGUAUCUUCUAUUUUUUCUCCUAUUAAAGUAUUUUAUUUUC